AUGACUCUCGACCCGCCGACGUACCUGGCUUCCAUCCAGAGCAACAUCCGUCAGCGACCUAUUCCCUGGGACGGUGCUGUCAGGGCCGGCACCCUCACAGAGGAACAAUAUGCGAAGAUCCGAGCUGUAGACAAGGCCAAGAAGCCUGAGCAAAGAAAGGAGAUUGUGUCAGGAGAUAUUGAUGGAUACCGCGUCUUGUUUGUCGGCGAUGAGGGAAAGACGAGCGUUCUCGAGACGUCAGGAAAGCACGCCAACGUAAUCCAGUACAUCCUCGUGUUGCUUGGCGAUCUUCUUGAGGCUGUUCCAUCUCUAGCCAAGGCCCUUUUCAAGACAAAGGAGCCUUUCCGACAUUUUCUGCCUCUACUCAACUCGACCAAUGCCGAGGACCCUACCCCAUUGCUUACUGCGCAUGCACUUACCACCCUCAUGGCUCUUGCUCGAGAUGACUCCCGAUCGACCCUCCAGGCUCUGCCUGUGAUCUUCACCUACCUUUCCGGCUUGGCCAAGAGCAACGAUGCUGGUCUACAAGAUAUCGCUGUGCAGGAGUACUCUUCUCUGCUCUUUGGGCAUGUCGCAAGAGAGCAGUUCUGGAACCAGCGAAGCGAGACAAUUGCGCCUCUUGUCAAGAUCCUGCAGACUGCAGCCGGUAUUGGAAACGGAGGAAGCUCAUCUGCUAGUCUCUGGAGCGGUAACACCGGUACUGGAUCUACUGGGUUUGCAGGAUCUCUUGGUGGAGGAGUUGGUCUCCAGCUACUCUACCACGCCCUGCUUGUGAUCUGGCAGAUCAGUUUCGAGGGUGAGGAGAUUGGCGAUGACCUCAAUGACGAGUACGAUAUUGUUAUUCUUUAUACUCACCUUCUACGACUAUCCCCCAAGGAAAAGACAACUCGAUUGAUUCUUUCAACACUUUACAACCUCCUUGAGAAGAACCAGAAAUCACUUCUACCUACCGCGGUUCUUGCUCGCCUCCCUGCCCUUCUUGAGAACAUCAGCGGUCGCCACCUCGCCGACCCCGAUCUGUUGGAUGACCUUUCCAAGCUCAAGGAAAUGCUCGAGGAGUAUACCAAGACCAAGACCACAUUCGAUGAGUAUGUAGCCGAGUUGCAGUCUGGCCACCUUCGAUGGUCGCCCCCUCACCGAAACGCCGUCUUUUGGGCAGAGAACGCCCGCAAAAUCCUCGAGUUCGAGAAUGGAGAGAUUCCCCGGAAGCUGGCUGAAAUCAUGCGACAGCCUUGGGAUAAUGACAAGCAAGUGCUCGCCAUUGCCUGUAACGAUGUCGGAUGUCUAGUUAAGGAGGUCCCAGAGAAAAGAUACCAGCUGGAGAAGGUGGGGCUCAAGAGAAGGAUCAUGGAGCUCAUGCAGUCAGACGAUGAGAACGUGCGAUGGGAGAGUCUCCGAGCGCUGGGAGGCUGGUUGAAGUACAGUUUUGAGCAACAGUAA